AUGUCUAAAGAAGAGGAAAUACAUUUUUCAAACGCGGAUAUUGUUUUUUCAAUCGGAUCAAUAGCAUUAUUAUUCGUAUCACUAAUUGAACUUUUUAUAUUGUUUUGCUACAUAUUUAUAUGUCCGAACGAAGAUAACGUAUUAAGAAAUAUAAAUUCUCAAAGAUGGUCACUCGAAGCUAAAAGCAACAUCGAAAUAACGUACACGUAUUUAUUUGCUUCCAUAUAUAUAUGCAUUGUAUCCGCGAUAUUCGUUUAUUCGAAUCAAAAUUUAUUUGCACUUUUUUCAAGUUUUUUAAUGGUUAUAAUUGAUUUUGUAGUCGAAUCCGUUGUACAACAUGGCGAAAUAUUCAGAACUCUCGAUUCUACGGAAUUUUUCAGUCCGCAAAAAUUGGCGUGGAUAUAUUAUUGUUGUUUCCUCGGUGGAUUAGCAUCCCCUGUAUUUCUUUUUGAUUUCAACACCCUAAACCUUGCCGUUCAUUUAACUUUUCUUAUACUUUUCGUAUUGAUUUCAAUAUCUUUUAUAUCACCCUCUAGACAAUUCAUACCCUGGGCAAAAAAAUUAAAAAUCUGCGAAUUUGGUUUGUUGGUGUGUUCUGUGGGUAGUUCCGUAUUUCCCAUAACAACCGUAAUGGGUGCAAUUUUUUUUUUUGUUAGCGUUUACGGUGGUAUAGUUUUAUAUCAAUUAUUUUUUUUAUGUCACUCUCAAGAAGCAUAUAUGGAAGCAUAUAUGGACGAUCAAACAACUUUUUGCCCUCCGGCUUUAUGCGUUCAACUAUUAUUAGACAUAAUAAAUUAA